AUGUCCACAGCCCAACACCUUCCUCAUGACAUUCUCUUUCAUAUUUUCACGAAUUACAGCACACCCGAUCAAUACAUGAAUGCAUUGAUGCUUGUUUGUAAGCAUUGGAAUGAACUCACACAUUAUGAAAUGUUUUGGGUGGCUACUCUCAAACAAUCGCUCCGAUCUCAAAUUCAAUAUUCAUCAAAUGUUGAAAUUCAUGAAAUGGAGAAUCUAUGGAACGACACGUCGUCGACAAGUCCUGGAAUGAUUACAAUGAAAGAUAUUCAGAAAGAACGAGAACGUUUUAUUAAAUCCAUGGAAACAAGAGAGAAUAUUCUCAUCAUCAAUUUGCUGCCGUUUACAAAAAGAAAAGAAACCAAUGAUGACAUAUUUGGCAAUGUGUACAAGCAACGUACCGUUCAAUUUUUGCAAGAAAGAUCUAAAAGAAGAGUUGCAUUGGAGUUGUUGAAAAUGAUCAUUUCCGUUCAAAAGCUCUCUCCUUUCAUCAAUCCAGAAGAGAUUUUUGAUGCACAUUUUGAAAAGGUUUGGGAAAAGGAUGUGAUACAGUUUAUUGAAAAUCAUCCAAUCUAUGACAGAGAUCAAAUAUGUAGCAUUUCAAUAUUGAAUCCAUCUGAGACUGUGUGUCAUCUUUUCGUGAAGAGUUGUCGAUUGUAUUUGAGAUCUUGGAACUUUUUAGAAAAAAGAGUGAAAUUUGUUGGUAAAAUGUUGGAAUACCUGUUUGUGAAAGGAGUUAACUCAUUGGUCAGUCCUCUCAUGGAUGCAUUAUUUGCACUCGGACAUCCAGAGAUCUUUAUUGAGAAAGAAGAUGAGUUUUCAGAAAAUGGAGAAUUGUGUUAUUGCCCAGGACUAUUUAAAAAGUUUGAAAGUGAAUUCAAGAGCUCUAGCAAAGGAGGAGUAUCCAAGAUCAUGUUCAGGAGUCUUGUUCAAAAUACUAACUUUAGCAGAGCAGCGUCUGGGCAUGUUGUGUCAAAGUUUGUUAGAUUGAUACUUUCUAAAAAGCUCACAAAAUUUAAGGAAAGCAUGGUAGAGCCAUACUUACAAGAUGCACAUUUCGUAUCAUGUCUGGCAAAACCUAAUUUUGAGUUGUUGCAAACCUUGUAUUUGGACAUUGGUAUUCAUCAAUUGAAAAACUUUAAUGAGAGCGAAUUUGUUGGAUCAUUACUUCAAAAUGCAAUCAGAGAUUACCCUUAUGCUGAAUUGCCUUCCUUCUUAAGAAAAUGUAAAGAACAAUUAGGUAUGAAUUUUUCGCAUCCCAAUGCACUCUAUGCUGCAGUAUCCAGAUCAUAUGAUUCUCUUGAUGUGCUAAAAUUUUUAGUUGAAGAGUGUCAUGUUGAUGUGAAUGCUGACCUUUCACCUCAUGCUGGCGCAUUACCACUAGUCAUUUUCAAUUCGAUAUCAGGAACCAAAGUGGAUACUAUUUUGUACCUUGUUGAAAAAGGAGCUACUGUUUCAGAGAAUAACAUGGGAACCUAUGAAGGAUUAUCCACGGAUCAGUUGUUGUCAAAUUUUAUUAGUAACAUGGAAUAUUUCAUAUCCACUUGUAAAUUACUGAUUGAAAAGUUUAAUUUGAAGCCAGACGUCUUUGCGUUUUUAUAUAACUUGGGCUACAGUGACACUGUUACUGGCUACACUGUCGACUCCAUAUUUGAAAUUUUGGACUUUUGCGCUCAACAUGGAUCUUUGCUUACCACCAACAUGGAGGAUGCAACAAACGCACUCCAAUAUGUAUUCAAUCACUGGAGUGAUGCCUCUUUUGUUGCACAGGAUCAGAAAUUGUUAAAACACGAGUUUGCAGCAAGAAUUUUGGAAAAGUAUGAUAUUACCCUUGAAGAAGCAACGAAUGAAAAUGAAUUCAUUUAA